AUGGGCCCACACGAAAUCUCUAUAAAAAGAGUCCCAAUAGGCCGUCAAGGUUUCCGCAAAGCACCAAGCUUUAGCACCAGGCAAACCAACCAAACACUAAACCAACGCAAUUCUCUAGAGCGCACUAGAUCGCCAACAAGCCAAGGCCAGAGCCAGUGCCAUCGCCAUGGCUCCCAACCUCAGCAAGACGACGCCUGCUGGCCUGCUCGGCGGCGACGAGGUGGCCCCGGUGGAGGGCCUGAAGCCGUCACGGUUCACGCUCAAGGGCAAGGACCUGGCCGUGGACGGCCACCCGUUCCUGCUGGACGUGCCAGCCGACAUCCGUCUCACCCCGGCGUCGACGCUCGUGCCCGCCGCGGCCGCCCCCGCGGCGUCGGCCGGCGACGGCAACUUCCUCGGAUUCGACGCGGCGGAGUCAAGAGCCGGCACGUGGUGCCCAUCGGCAGGCUCCGUGACAUCAGGUUCAUGAGCAUCUUCCGCUUCAAGGUGUGGUGGACGACCCACUGGGUGGGCGACAACGGCAGGGACGUGGAGAACGAGACGCAGAUGAUGGUGCUCGACCGCUCAUCCGCCGGCGGUAGCGGCGGCGGGCGUCCCUACGUGCUGCUGCUCCCCAUCAUCGAGGGCUCGUUCCGGGCCUGCCUCGAGGCCGGGAAGGUGGAUGACUACGUGGACCUGUGCGUGGAGAGCGGGUCGUCGGCGGUCCGCGGCGCCGCGUUCCGGAGCGCGCUGUACCUGCACGCCGGCGACGACCCGUUCGAGCUCGUCGCGGACGCCGUCAGGGUAGUCCGCGCGCACCUGGGCACGUUCCGGACCAUGGACGAGAAGACGCCGCCGCCGAUCGUGGACAAGUUCGGGUGGUGCACGUGGGACGCCUUCUACCUCAAGGUGCACCCGGAAGGGGUGUUGGAGGGCGUGCGCCGCCUGUCCGACGGCGGGUGCCCGCCGGGGCUGGUGCUCAUCGACGACGGCUGGCAGUCCAUCUGCCACGAUGAGGACGACCCGGCCAGCCGCGAGGAAGGCAUGAACCGCACCUCCGCCGGCGAGCAGAUGCCGUGCCGCCUCAUCAAGUUCCAGGAGAACCACAAGUUCCGGGAGUACAAGCAGGGCGGGAUGGGCGCGUUCGUGCGGGAGAUGAAGGCGGCGUUCCCGACCGUGGAGCAGGUGUACGUAUGGCACGCGCUGUGCGGGUACUGGGGCGGCCUCCGCCCCGGCGCACCCGGACUGCCGCCGGCCAAGGUGGUGGCGCCCAAGCUCUCCCCGGGACUUCAGCGCACCAUGGAAGACCUCGCCGUCGACAAGAUCGUCAACAACGGCGUCGGGCUCGUCGACCCCAAGCGCGCGCACGAGCUCUACGAGGGCUUGCACUCCCACCUCCAGGCCUCCGGCAUCGACGGCGUCAAGGUCGACGUCAUUCACUUGCUGGAGAUGCUGUGCGAGGAGUACGGCGGCCGCGUUGAGCUGGCCAAGGCCUACUUCGCCGGCCUGACGGCGUCGGUGCGUCGGCACUUCGGCGGCAACGGCGUGAUCGCGAGCAUGGAGCACUGCAACGACUUCAUGCUGCUGGGCACGGAGGCGGUGGCGCUGGGCCGCGUGGGCGACGACUUCUGGUGCACGGACCCCUCCGGCGACCCCAACGGCACCUUCUGGCUGCAGGGGUGCCACAUGGUGCACUGCGCCUACAACUCGCUGUGGAUGGGCAACUUCAUCCACCCGGACUGGGACAUGUUCCAGUCCACGCACCCCUGCGCCGCCUUCCACGCCGCCUCCCGCGCCGUCUCCGGCGGGCCCAUCUACGUCAGCGACUCGGUGGGGCAGCACGACUUCGCGCUGCUCCGCCGCCUGGCGCUCCCCGACGGCACCGUCCUCCGGUGCGAGGGCUACGCGCUGCCCACGCGCGACUGCCUCUUCGCCGACCCGCUCCACGACGGCCGGACCGUGCUCAAGAUCUGGAACGUGAACCGCUUCGCGGGCGUCGUCGGCGCCUUCAACUGCCAGGGCGGCGGGUGGAGCCCCGAGGCGCGGCGGAACAAGUGCUUCUCGGAGUUCUCGGUGCCCCUGGCCGCGCGCGCCUCGCCGGCCGACGUCGAGUGGAAGAGCCGCAAGGCGGGGCCCGGCGUCAGCGUCAAGGGCGUCUCCCAGUUCGCCGUGUACAUGGUCGAGGCCAGGACGCUGCAGCUGCUGCGCCCCGACGAGGGUGUCGACCUCACGCUCCAGCCCUUCACCUACGAGCUCCUCGUCGUCGCCCCCGUGCGCGUCAUCUCGCCCGAGCGGGCCAUCAAGUUCGCUCCCAUCGGUCUCGCCAACAUGCUCAACACCGCCGGCGCCGUUCAGGUGUUCGAGGCCAGGAAAGACGCGGGCGGCGUCACGGCAGAGGUGUCCGUGAAGGGCGCCGGGGAGCUGGUGGCGUACUCGUCGGCGAGGCCCAGGCUCUGCAAGGUGAACGGCGAGGAAGCCGAGUUCGCGUACAAGGACGGCAUGGUCACCGUCGACGUGCCGUGGUCGGGGUCGUCCUCGAAGCUGUGUCGCGUCGAGUACGUCUACUGA